UGACUUAGUUACUACUGUUAUAUCUGAGCUACACUUCUGGCAGCACUGGAGCUGUCAUACGCUAUUCCCCAUACACACCGUGGUAUGAACAACUACCUUCUAUACACACCGUGGUAUGAAUAGCUAGAUUCUAUAUACACUGCGAUCGCUUCCGCUACCGUUCUACGACACUUGAAGAGGAGAAGCCGAACUACAAGCACUACAGGACUACAAAUAUAUUUAGACAGAGAUAAAACAGUUCGGUUGUACAAUUGAUUUAAUUACGGUGCCGCCCCAUCUACAACAAUUUGGCGACGAGAAGUACGAAGCUACGUGAAUGUGCUAGGCGCAAUACACAUACAAACAAGUUGCUGCAUCGUGAAUUUGGCUGUCUACUGCGUAAUUUUACAUUACAAUGGCGUUUCCUAACCCGGUUGUCGCCGAUCCGGCAGUCGCCGGUCCCGCUUUGCCUGCUGUGAUUGGUGCUGCGGUACCAGUUACAUUUUAUUUCGAGCCAUUCAAUCCUGCUUCAUCUAAAUUUGACCGAUGGUUAAAUCGACUACAAAUUUCAUUCCGGAUUUACCACGUGCGUGAAGCCGAUAAACGCGAUUUUCUGCUACACUACAUGGGCGGCCCUACAUACGAUGUGCUGUGCAAUAAGCUGAAAAAUGCUGAGCCACAUACGAAAACGUUCGACGAGAUUGUAGCUCUACUGAAGGAACAUUACAGUCCUACUCCUUUGGAAAUACUGGAGAAUUUCAAGUUCGCGAGCCGUAAACAGCUAGAGCAAGAAACUCUAAGCGAUUACCUGAUGCAUUUGGAGAAGCUCGCCCAAACAUGCAAUUUCGGGGACUACAUGGACAAGGCCCUCCGGAACCAGUUCGUUUUUGGCAUCCAGAACCGUGUGAUACAGUCUCGAUUGCUGGAAGUGCGCGACUUAACCUUGACAAAGGCAAAGGAGAUCGCAUUCGGAAUGGAAAUGUCUCAUCGUGGAACCGAUGAAAUGCACAACUCACGUCAAAAAAGUGAGGUUCAGUACAUCGAGCAUGGAGCAAACAAAACUAAAAAAAAUUUCCAGUCAUCGAGCCAAGCCAGUUCCAGUCAAAGUUCCGGUCGCCUGUCGAACAAGCAGAAUGGUGGAAAUAAACGAUGUUAUCGUUGCGGGGAUCCUGACCACUACGCAGACAAAUGCAAACAUAAAACUACGAUCUGCAAAUACUGCAAGAAAGAGGGGCACCUUGAGAGGAUGUGUCUCACCAAGACCAACGAGAAGGGGACGGAUGACGCACAUCACCUGGAGGAGCAGCCGUGUGUUAUGAAGGAUGUGUUACACCUGAACGCGAUCCAAGGUAUUGCUGGGUCAGCGGACUUGCCGGUGGACCAAAGGUUGCGUCGUUCUCUGCGGACCAUCAAGCCUCCGCAUAGGCUCAACCUAUAACAACGAAUUCUAUUUUGCUCGGAAGAGCUGUUAUAUCUGAGCUACACUUCUGGCAGCACUGGAGCUGUCAUACGCUAUUCCCCAUACACACCGUGGUAUGAACAACUACCUUCUAUACACACCGUGGUAUGAAUAGCUAGAUUCUAUAUACACUGCGAUCGCUUCCGCUACCGUUCUACGACACUUGAAGAGGAGAAGCCGAACUACAAGCACUACAGGACUACAAAUAUAUUUAGACAGAGAUAAAACAGUUCGGUUGUACAAUUGAUUUAAUUACAGUGCCGCCCCAUCUACAACAACUACUAAUGCAUCGCAGGGAGUAUAUUAAAGUAAACGGUGUCAAUUUUCGAUAAC